GUACAGAAGAUCAAGCCGAUUGAGAUGAACACUGACAAGCUGAGCUCAGGGUGGAAUCGGCCCAAUGUCCCGUAUGUGGGGUACAACCUUGGAUCACGUUGAGGAAGUUGAGGUUGUCACGGCGAACGCGACUAUCGUCCGGGCAAGCUCGAAGGAGAAUUCGGACUUGUUUUUCGCCAUGAGAGGGGCUGGUGCCAGCUUCGGUAUCGUCACCGAAUUUGUCAUGAGAACUCGCCCAGCGCCAUCGUGUGUUAUUCACCUUAAUCAAAGAUUAUCCUACAGCCACCCGGCAGAGAUUGCCGAUGUCCUUCAUUCAUGGCAGUCUGUUGCCACUGAUCCUGCCCUUGACAAUCGCUUCAGUACGGAGAUGGUCUUCAGCCCGUCGGGAGCUCGCAUCUCUUCGACGUGGUUCGGCUCAGAGGCGGAGCUUGAGCAGGCUGGUAUCCUCAGCCGCAUUAAGAUCGCCGAUCCUUCAAUCACGACUUAUCGGGAGACGUGGGAGGGUUCUCUUGCCCGCCUCGCCGCCGAGGAAGCUCUUCAUACGGCUCCCAUCCCGAAUAAGCUUUACUCUAAGAGUUUAGGCCUGAGCAGCAGCGACGUUCUCUCUAAAGUAGAGGUUGCCAGAAUCCUCGCAAGUCUGCCAGCUGAGCUCAUGGCGGAAGAUUGGUCCAUUAAAUUCCAGGCCGCUGGCGGUGCUGUUACAGACAUUUCGGAUGGAGCCACUGCCUAUGCUCAUAGAGAUAAGGUCAUGUUCUAUCAAUCCUACGCCGCCGAUGCCUCGAAGGCAACCCGCACCAGCCUUGGAAACUUCCACAGAGAGUUGUCGAACACCCUUCCUCAGGCUGCCGGCACGUACCCAGGGUUUGUGGACACGGAGCUUAGAGAUGCGCAGCGCUCUUACUGGGGGGCGAGCCUUGCUGCCCUGGAAGACAUCAAGGCACAGUGGGAUCCGGAGGAUGUUUUCCACAACCCCCAGAGUGUUUCUGUUCGGAUCUAAACGCCCGAGUGUUCGUCAAUAGAGAUACUAGAACUCACAACAGGCUUCGGUCUCAUUUCGCUAGGUGGUAGGACGAUGAUUUCAGUUC